AUGCGCACCACCGUAAUUCUUCUGCUCCUAGCAGGGCUUGCAUAUUCAGCCCGAAUCACUAUCUCACGCGGAAAGAAAGAUGCCAAGUUGGAUAACUUGUGUGCUAGAAUGCACAACAACACAGCUCUUGAAGGCGUUGAUCCUUUGGAGAUGAUGCAGGCAACAGCUUUCGAAUGCCAAAAGAAAUGCGUCGAUUUGUUCCCAUCCUGUUCUGCCGUCGUAUAUUACUAUCUUCACAAUGAAACCGAUCACCAUUUCUGCUACCUGUUCGAAAAAAAUUCUGUUCACGAGAAAGUUGAUUUGAUUGAACAAAAAGCUGAUUCCAAGAAGGAUAUCGUUCGUAUGCUUGAAAUUGUUCAUGACUGUCAGCAGUUCGAUGCUCAUCCACCACUCCAAGAGGAUGGUCUUGCUUCUUCCACUGAUAAAGUCGACAGAAAGAAGAGACAGAACGGACAUGAUUCUUACAAGCAGCAUUUUGGUGAAUGGACUGACUGGUCUGACUGCGGCAGCACAGUUGGCCACGCUGUUAGAUCUCAAUCCUGUGAUUAUGGACGGCGAAUCCAGCGUCGAGGAUGUCCAGCUCGCAACUUCAACCGGGCUCCAGCACCACCUGCCCCUCUUCCAAGAGCUCAAGAUCCUCGCUAUCUUCAGCAACUUCAACAGCAACGAGAUCAACAUCAACAAUUGAUUCAACAGCAACAACAACAACAACAACAGCAACAACAACAGCAACAACAAUUGCAACAACAGCAACAACCUCAACAACCUCAACAACCUCAGCAACCUCAACAACUGCAAAGAUCACCCUAUGAUGAGUAUGCUCAGCUCUACCAACAAAGAAUGGCUCAUUACCGUGAAAACCAGAGAAGCCCCGCUCGUCAAGUAGCUGAACCUUGCUCAGGAAGCCGUUGUGAAAUUCGUCACUAUCCUCAACCUCACCCUCAACCACAACCACAGGCACCUCCAGCACCCCCAACUCCUCAAGCUCCUGCUCCUCAUCACAGCAAUGGAUACCGACCAGCUCCUCCACCACCACCAGUUUGUAACGGAGGAGCAUGUGAACCAGUUCAACAAGCUCCUGGCAGUUGGUACGAUUGGUCUGAGUGGUCAGCAUGUUCAUGCACUUGCGGUGAUGGAGUUAAGCAACGUCGUCGUGAGUGUGCUACAUCCAACUGUCAAGGACCUGAAUAUGAACAAGCUCCAUGCACUAUGGGACCAUGUCAAACAUGGUCAGAAUGGUGCGAGUGGUCUACUUGCUCCGCUUCUUGCGGACUUGGACAGAGACAAAGAACAAGAUUCUGUCAUCUUGGAACAAAUAGAUGCGAAGGAAGUGAUUUCGAAAGUGAUACUUGCAAUGCUGGCCCAUGCCCAGAAUGGAGUCAAUGGGAAGAUUGGGGACAGUGUUCUGCUACCUGCGGUCACGGAGUUGCUACUCGUCAACGAACCUGCCUUGGAGGACAAGACUGCGCAGGCCAAACUAUUGAACAACGCGGAUGCCAAGAAAGACCAUGCUCUGAUUGGGCUAGUUGGGAAGAAUGGGGAACUUGUUCAGUAUCAUGUGGAUCAGGAAUUAGAAGACGCCUUCGCGUUUGCCAGUAUGGCACAGAUUGUGCUGGACCAAACGAAGAAAGUCAAGCUUGUCAUAACGCGCCUUGUGCUUCUUGGACUGAGUGGUGCGAAUGGUCUGGUUGCAGCACUAAGUGUGGACCAGGACAAAGAACUCGUACUAGAGGUUGCCUGAACUCUGAUGGAACCGAAAGUCAUGUCUGCCAAGGACCUAGUGUUGAAACAUUACUAUGCGAAGGAACAAACUGUUGUAGAUGGUCUGAGUGGUGUGGAUGGUCCAUGUGUGAUAAGGAAUGUGGUGGUGGACAAAGUAUUCGCACAAGAACAUGCAGCAGAGAUGGCUAUGGAGCUGCCGAUGAUGCCUGUGUCUGUGAAGGAUCUGAUCGUGAGUCUAAGACUUGCAACACCCAAACAUGCAGUCCACAAUGCUCAUGGACUCAAUGGUGUGAAUGGAGCGGAUGCAGCACUCAGAAGAGCUGCGAAGUUGGAGUCCAACUCAGAUCCCGCCAAUGCAUCGGAGAAUUAGGUUGCAAUUGCUUCGGUCCAGCUGAAGAGUCUCAGCAGUGCAGAGGAACUCAGCCAUGUCCCCAAGAACCUCCUUGCUAA